AAGAAAAAGGAAGAAAAGACAUCUAUUGACACAAAAGUAGAGCCAAAACCUGAACAAAAACCAGAAACAAAAGUUGAACCAAAACCAGAAGAGAAGAGAAAACUAUCGAUAAAGAAAAAAGAGGACACAAAAGCUGUCGAAGAGACUGCUGUCGCAAAACCAGAACCAAAGACUGAACCAAAACCAGAAGAGAAGAGAAAGUUAUCGAUAAAGAAGAAGGAGGAGACAAAAGCUGUCGAAGAGUCAAAACCAGAACCAAAGACUGAACCAAAAGUUGAACCAAAACCAGAAGAGAAGCGAAAGCUAUCCAUUAAAAAGAAAGAAGAAACAAAAGCUGUCGAAGAGACCGCUGUUUCGAAACCAGAUUCAAAGGUUGAACCAAAAGUUGAACCAAAAGCUGAACCAAAAGCUGAACCAAAACCAGAAGAAAAAAGGAAAUUAUCGAUUAAGAAGAAAGAGGAACCAAAAGCUGCCGAAGAGACUGCAGUUUCAAAAGCAGAGCCAACUCUUGAGGCAAAACCGAAGAAAUUAUCGGUAAAGAAAAAAGAAGAGAAAACAGUCGAAAGUACAGCCGUUGAAGAAACUAAACCAGAGAUGGCGUCACGACUGGAAGAACCGAAGAAAAAAUUAUCGGUUAAAAAGAAAGUGAACGAUAAAAAUGUGGAAAAUAUAAACGAGAAAAAUGGUGACGAGAAACGGAAGGACUCGCUGGUCAUCGAAGAGCCCGUCAAGAGAAGGCUAUCGGUUAAAAAGCCUGAGAAACGCGAAAGUAUUCCGUCUAUUGGGGAGCCGACAGAGGAAGGGGGCGGCGGUCAGAGAGGGGGCGCGAAAAGAGGUUCGGUUAAUGAAAAUCGCGUUCAGAUUCCUAUAGUUAGAGAACCGACCCCUGAAUUAGAGCGCAAAGACUCUGUAGAUAGCGAUGAUAGACGAGAUUCACUCGGUGUAGACACUCCUCCGCCCACUCUUAGUCCAAGGGGUUCACGACGGGGUUCUAUACUUAUUGUUGCAGAUGAGAAGGGACUGGCGGUCGACGAGUCGGGACAGACCAAGAAGUUAAGGCCGGGCGAGAUGUUGGAAGUGAGGCGCGGAUCAGCUAUGCUUAACAUAAGAAAGGGUAGUAUUGACGUGAGGCGGGCGUCGGCCACAGAGAUAGACAUCGCCGAUAAGCCGUCGACCCCUAUGCGGGCGACGGGCGAUGAGGGCCCGCCUGUUAUCACUGAUUAUGUGAGUAGUGUUAGCGCAGUCGACGGUAAGACUGCUAUAUUACAGGCCACCGUUGAGAGCAAGCCUUUGGCUCAAUACAAGUUCUUUAGAGAGGGUAAUGAGAUCUUCGAAGGCGGGCGCUAUAAAGUGGUGACCGAUGGCGAGACAAAUACCAUAUACUUCUGUAUCAGAAAAGCCAAACCCAAUGACGAGGGAAAGUUCACUAUAACUGCUUAUAACAAACACGGAGAGGACAGCUGUAACAUCAAAGUGUUCGUCAGCGAUGAUAGUGGUAUGGAUUUCCGAGCGAUGCUUAAAGCAAAACAAUACGCGAAGUGGAAGAAAGACAAUGAAGACCCGGAUUGGGGUAAUCUUAAGGCCACUGAAGACGAACGCAGGGCUUCUCUCAAAGAGACUAAGGACGACACUGACGAUCAGUCUUUACGAGUGCCGAGUCCUAGCAAUACGAAGGACAGGCGAACAACACUCGCAGACCUAAUACCCGAUUGGCCGACAUUGCAAGCGGUUAAGAAACACCGGCAGAAACCGGAUGUCUUUAUUAAACCACUUGUGGACCAACACGUGAAAGAAGGCAAAGACAAAAUGGUUCGCUUCGAAGCCGUGUAUUCAAAGUCCGGCAUAAAAGCCAAAUGGUUUAAAGGCAGGACUGAGCUCUUCAUGGGUAAGAAGUAUCACAUGACCAGCACUGGAGACCUUCACGUACUGGAGAUCCACGAACCGCGCGUCGAAGACGGCGCUCAAUACAAGUGCCAGUGUUUGGAGACGUCGUGUACGGCGAUGCUAGAGGUCGACCGCCCGGACCCGGUCUACAAGUUUAUCAAAAACUUGCAGAAAAAGUACGAACAGUUCACGGGUCGGGAACUGGUGCUCGAGUGCACCACAAAUCACUAUAAGGCGCCCGUCAAGUGGUAUAAGGGCGACAACCGGCUCGACGCGAGCGACAAAUACAGCAUUGAGCAAGAUACAUUUGGCAAAAAGAUCUUGCGCAUCCAAAACUGUGCGGUCGCCGAUUCGGACAACUAUUCGUGUCGUAUCAGUCAAGAGGAACAGACAAAGACAGAGGUUGUCUGCACUGACAAGCAAUACGUUUUCGUCAAAUACCUCAUGAGUUUGAGGACCACUGAAAACGAGACGAUAACACUUGAGUGCGAAGUGGACGACAUGUACGCCAAAGUCCAGUGGUUUAAAGACGGCAAAGAGAUUACAGCCAUUCCCAAGAAGUUGGAAAUCAUUUCCGACGGAAGGAAACGCAAAGUAAUCAUCAAAAAAGCCAAAGUGACGGAUGAAGGAGAGUAUAGUUGUACUACUAAUGCGGACAAAACUGUUUGCGAGACUAUCGUUGAGCCCGCAAAUAAGUUCCGAAAGAAAUUACAGGACAAGACUGUGUUUGAAAGGGAAGAGAUUAUUCUGGAGGUGGAAAUGCUUGAGAAGAAGGCGCCCAUCAAGUGGUAUAAGGAUGGACUCGAAGUUAGACCUAACGAUCGAAUAUCCAUUAAAUUCAAUGACGACGGAAGACAACAAUUGAUUAUAAGUAACGCUCAGUUGGACGACAUCGGAGAGUAUAGUAUAAAAGGAGAGAAGGGUUUGAAGUGCAGCUGUAAAGUAGACGUCAAAGAGGCUGAAAAGAAACCGGAGCUCCGACUCGACAAAACCGAUUAUCAGGCGGACGCUAACCGACCCUUCAGUAUCGAAAUCCCAUACAAAGUUAGUGGAAAUCGUACGUCAGAAGUGGUGCCGAAACUGACACAAAACGGAGUUCCCGUUAAUCCCAAAGAAGUGGAGAUUAUAGUGAAAGACGACAAAAUUGUCAUCACAUUCAAAAAGCCGACGCGAGAGAGUUCGGGCGGCUAUGACUUUGGUCUCUCCAACUCUCAGGGAGAGGCAAAAACUCCCCUCAAAUUCAAUUUUGUUGACGUGCCGUCGCCUCCGGAGGGCCCACUCGAUGUGACCGAUCUGUUCAGAGACCGAUGCAAACUGGCGUGGAAGCCGCCCAAAGACAACGGGGGUCUCCCGCUAUUGCAUUACGUGGUGGAGCGCCAGGAUUUGGCCGUUAGAGGCGGUUGGACUGAAGUCGGCACAACCGAGAGCUGUAAUAUGGAUGUCACAGAUUUGGCCCAUAAAAAGGAGUACAAAUUCCGGGUCCGAGCGGUCAAUAAAAAAGGCGCUUCCGAGCCGUUGACUGCGCCGAAGACCUAUUUGGCGAAAGAUCCGUACGACGAGCCCUCCAAACCCAAAGAUCUGGAGAUUGUGGACUGGGAUAAGGAUCACGUGGACCUCAAAUGGAAAGCCCCGGAGCGAGACGGCGGCGCUCCCAUUGAGAAGUAUGUGAUCGAAUCGAAAGACAAAUUCUCACCCGAUUGGGUGUCUGUAUUGGAAGUGCCGCCCAAUAAAUUGGAGGGAACCGUCACUGCAGUCAAGGAGAAUAUGCAGUACCAGUUCAGAGUGCGAGCCAUCAACAAAGCGGGUCCGGGAGAUUCUCACCCGAUUGGGUUCAAGGAGAAUAUGCAGUACCAGUUCAGAGUGCGAGCCAUCAACAAAGCGGGUCCGGGAGAGCCCAGCGAUCCCACCCGUAAUCUCAUAGUGAAGGCCCGUUUUGUUAAGCCGUUUAUCAUUGGAGACGACUUGAAGAAUAUUGUGGUCAAAAAGGGAGCGAUUAUUAAAUACGACAUUCAGUUUGGAGGCGAACCCCAACCGGAAGUCAAGUGGGAAAUCAAUACAACAGAAUUGAAAGCUUCGAGUCGAGUGUCGAUCGAAAACAGUCCCAAAAAUACUCUAUUGAUUAUAAAGCAGGCCGUGAGGGGAGACUCCGGCAAAUUCACGCUCACCCUAACCAAUAGUUCGGGCACUUGUAGCGCAUGCGCUGAUGUGGUAGUCCUCGACAAACCCACUCCACCCGAAGGGCCACUUAUUGUCGAAGAGAUAUUUGCCGAAUCGGCGAAACUUAAAUGGAAAGCACCGAAAGACUUGGGCGGCUCUGAGCUCAAGGGCUAUCAGAUCGAGAAGAUGGACGUCGACACCGGCCGAUGGGUGCCGUGCGGUGAAGUGGGUCCCGGAGCCACCUCUUUCAAGGCUGAGGGACUCACCAAAGGAAAGAAAUACAAGUUUAGAGUUAAGGCUCUCAACAAAGAGGGCGAAUCCGAUCCGUUAGAGACGGACCAACCGAUCACCGCUAAGAACCCGUACGACGAGCCCUCAAAGCCGGGAAAACCAGAGAUUGUCGACUUCGACAACACACGGGUUGACCUGCAAUGGGCGCCGCCUGAGAAGGACGGCGGCCGACCUAUAGAGAGAUAUAUCGUCGAAAUGAAAGACAAAUUUAGUUCCGACUGGAAAGAAGUGCUCAAAACAGAUGGACCCGACUGUAAGGCCACUGUUAAGGAUCUGAAAGAGAACACAUCGGUUCAGUUCCGGGUUCGGGCCGUAAACAUGGCCGGAAUGGGAGAGCCCAGCGAUGCCACCGAUCAGCACAUCGUUAAACACAGAAACCUUAAGCCAUAUAUUGACAGAACGAAUCUGAAGAAUAUAAUCAUCAAAAGCGGUCGUUCGCACAAAUAUGAUGUCGACAUUAGGGGAGAACCGCCGCCGACUGUCGUCUGGACUUUUAGCGAAACAAAUACCAAACUUUCUGAUGAUAUAAACAUUAAGAUUGAGAACAGAGACUAUCACUCGGAGCUGACGGUCUCGAAGGCCACCCGAAAACAGUCGGGAAAAUACACGAUAACCGCAACCAAUAAGAACGGAACCGAUUCUGUUGUGGUAGACCUGACUGUAUUGGCGGCUCCGGGCAAACCAGAGGGCCCUCUGGAGGUGACAGACAUUCACAAAGAGGGCUGUAAACUGAAGUGGAAGAAACCCAAAGACGACGGCGGAAGUCCUAUCAAGACAUACGAAGUCGAGAAGUUCGACAAAGAGUCGGGCCGUUGGACUCGAGUGGGGAAAACAGAUAAACCAGAGAUGGAUGUGACGGGUCUGACGCCCGGAAAGGAGUACUUAUUCCGCGUGACGGCAGUCAACGACGAGGGAGACUCCGAACCCUUGACUACAUUGGAGGCCAUUAUCGCCAAAAACCCUUACGACGAGCCGACAAAACCGGGAACUCCUGAGAUCAUCGAUUACGACAACACUAGCGUUGAGCUCAAAUGGUCGCCUCCUAAGAGCGAUGGCGGCGCUCCCAUUGAGAAGUAUAUCAUCGAAAAGAAAGAGAAAAACGCCAUCCUUUGGGAGAAAGCGCUGGAAGUGCCCGGAAGUACACCCGAAGGCAAAGUUGUAGACCUGAAGGAGAGGACAGAAGUGCAGUUCCGAGUGAUUGCAGUGAACAAAGCGGGUCCGAGCGAACCCAGCGAUGCCACCAAAAACCAUGUCGUAAAACACAGACGACUGAAGCCAUACAUCGACAGAACGAAUCUCGAAAUGAUUACUAUUAAGAAAGGAAAACAAGUGAAACUAGACGUCAACGUUAGGGGCGAACCGCCGCCCGCUAUCACGUGGAAACUCGUCGAAAGUAUUGUCAGUAAUGACGAGAAUUACGAUAUCGUUAACAUUGACUACAACACCAAAUUCACAAUCAAUGACUGCCAACGCAAACACACCGGAAAUUAUAAGAUCAUUGCCGUGAAUGAAGUGGGAAAAGACGAGGCGGAGAUCGAGAUAUGCGUCCUCUGCGCCCCCUCUCGGCCUAAGGGACCCCUCAAAGUGGAUAACGUGAACGCAAAGGGUUGUGACCUUCACUGGCAAAAGCCUGAGGACGACGGCGGACGACCCAUACAGGGCUACGCCAUCGAGAAGUUGGACCCUUUGACUGGCAAUUGGGUUCCGUGCGGUCGCGCAGACAAAGACGCCACUGAUUUCCAGGUGACUGGACUAACACCCGGAAAGUUCUACCAGUUUAGGGUCAAAGCCAUUAACUCGGAGGGAGAGUCCGACCCAUUGGUCACAACCGAACCCAUUUUGGCUAAGAAUCCGUACGAAUCGGCGAACGCGCCCUCAAAGCCAGAUAUCGUGGACUGGGAUGAGAAACACGUGGAUCUGGUGUGGAAGCCGCCGAAGAACGACGGCGGGGCUCCUAUUACUGGCUAUAUUGUCGAAGUGAAGGAGAAACUGAGCAGUAAUUGGGAACCAAUGGUCGAAACCAAUUCACCCAAACCAGAGGCGGCCGUCACCGGACUUAUUAAAGGCAAACAAUACCAGUUCCGCAUCAAAGCUGUCAAUAAGGCGGGUGCGGGUGAGGCCAGUGAACCGACUGGUCUGCACACAUGCAAAGAACGCCAUUUGAAACCACAUAUAAAUCGCGAUAAUUUGCAGACAAUUACCAUAAGAGCCGGCAAUUCAGCCAAAGUUGACGUCGAGAUUAGUGGCGAACCGCCGCCGAAAGUCGAAUGGAUUUUCGCCGGAAAACCACUCGAAGCCGAUCUGAACACCAAAAUCGAAAACCCGGAAUACGAGUCACACAUUCAGCUCAAGAAUAUGACCCGAAAACAGAACGGAAAGUACAAAAUCGUGGCCACAAACGAGUCCGGGAAGGACGAGGCGGAGGUCGAGAUCAACGUUUUGGACAAACCCGGCAAACCUGAGGGACCGCUCGAUGUGAGCGACGUUCACGCGAAUGGAUGUACUCUCGAGUGGAAUCCACCCAAAGAUGACGGAGGAGUUCCUCUUCAGGGAUACGUUGUGGAGAAGAAAGACAUCUCAAGCGGUCGAUGGGUUCCAGUGGCCAAAUGCGGACCCGAGAAGACCACCGCAGAGGUGACCGGUUUGGACACCGGAAAGAAGUACGAGUUUAGAGUGAAGGCCGUCAACGAAGAGGGAGAGUCGGAACCGCUGGACACGGAUCGGGCGAUUCUGGCGAAGAACCCAUUCGACGAACCCGGACCUCCAGGACUGCCCGUCAUCGACGACUACGACAAGGACUUCGUCGAACUGAAAUGGGAGGCACCCAUCCGUGACGGCGGCGCCCCUAUCACGGGGUAUAUCAUCGAAAAGAAAGACAAAUAUAGUCACGAUUUCGUACCGGCGGCUGAAAUACAGGGCAAUGUAUGCAAAGGCAAAGUGAUGGGUCUGAAUGAGGGCGACAAAUAUGAGUUUAGGGUUCGGGCCGUGAAUAAGGCCGGACCCGGAGCCCCAUCCGACGCGACGGCUCCUCAUUUGUCAAAACCACGCUUUUUAAAGCCCAGAAUCGACAGAACAAAUCUGAAGCCAAUCACUAUAAAAGCCGGACAAAUGGUUAGCCUCGACGUCGAUGUGAACGGAGAGCCGCCGCCAGUGAUUGUAUGGAAACAUAAUGACAAAGAGCUGUCAACUGGCGAUCAAUACGGCAUCGAUAACAUUGAUUACAACACAAAAUUCAAUCUAUUGAGAGCCACGAGAAAAGAGACCGGAAUUUACACUAUAAUCGCGACCAACAGUAGCGGCACAGACGAGGCGACCGUCGAGAUCAACGUAUUGGGCAAACCGUCGACACCUAACGGGCCGUUAGAGGUGAGCGAUGUUCACAAAGAGGGCUGUAAACUGAAGUGGAAGCCGCCGGACGACGACGGGGGCACUCCUAUCGAGUGCUAUGAAGUGGAGAAAAUGGAUGAGGAAACCGGUCGAUGGGUUCCUUGCGGUAAGUCUAAGGAACCGACGAUCGAAGUGACGAAUUUAGUUCCCGGAAGAAAGUAUAAGUUCAGAGUCCGGGCCGUCAAUAAAGAGGGCGAUUCCGAUGAACUCGAAACGGAUCACUCGACUGUUGCCAAGAAUCCCUUCGACGAGCCCUCCAAACCGGGCCGACCCGAGCCCACAGAUUGGGACAAAGAUCACGUCGACCUGCAGUGGACUCCUCCCGAGUCCGACGGCGGCGCUCCCAUUGAGGGCUACGUUAUUGAGAAACGCAAAAAGGGUACACAUAAGUGGCAAAAGGCCAAGACUUUGCACACACCCGACACUAAGGCAACGGUUCCCGACCUCGAAGAGGGCGAAGAGUAUGAGUUCCGUGUGAUUGCUGUCAACAAAGCGGGUCCGAGUGAACCGAGCGAAGCGUCGCGUCCUGUCAUCGCUAAACCCCGCAGAUUAGCGCCGAUUAUUGACAGAACAAACCUGAAGAAUGUGACGAUAAGGAGCGGACAACCCGUCAAAUUCGAUGUGGACGUGAAGGGAGAGCCCGCGCCUACCAUUGAAUGGUCUUUCAAUGGACAGUCACUGAAGACAGACGACACGCAUAGCAUUGAUAACGAACCAAAUCAUACACUUUUCAUGCUAUUAAAGUCCAAACGCAAUGACACCGGAAAUUAUACGAUAACCGCGAAGAACGAGUUCGGAACCGAUGAGGCGGUGGUCGAGAUUAAAGUGUUGAGCAAACCAUCGAAACCAAAGGGUCCGCUCGACGUGAGUGACGUUCAUUCGGAGGGAUGUAAACUGAAAUGGGAUAAACCGGAGGACGACGGCGGAGAACCGGUGACCGGAUAUGUGGUCGAGAAGAUGGAUGUGGACACCGGCCGAUGGGUUCCCGUCACUACUGUUCGCGAACCCGAAGCCGACAUCAAAGGACUCAUUCCCGGAAAGGAAUACAAAUUCCGCGUCAAAGCCAUUAACUCUGAGGGAGAAUCGGAACCAUUGGAAACGGAUGUUGCGAUUGUGGCGAAGAAUCCAUUCGACGAACCGGGAAAACCAGGCAAACCGUCGGCCAAAGACUGGGACAAACAUCACGUGGAUCUGGUGUGGAAGGCGCCCGACACCGAUGGCGGCGCUCCCAUCACUUCGUAUAUCAUUGAGAAAAAGGACAGAUACAGCACUAAAUGGCAAAAAGCGGCCGAAAUUAUUGGCGACAAAUGCGAGGCCAGAGUUCCCGAUCUGAUUGAAGGCAUGGAAUAUCAAUUCCGUGUGCGAGCGGUGAACAAAGCGGGUCCGAGCGGUCCCAGCGAUGCCAGCGAUAGCGUCACCGCAAAGCCCAGAAACUUAGCGCCAAAGAUAGACAGGUCUUCGCUGAGAGAUGUUGUCUUACACGCCGGACAGGCCUUCAAAUUUGAUGUCAAAGUGAUUGGAGAGCCGCCGCCCAAAACAUUGUGGUUCGCGAACGACAGUCCCAUCGCUAAUGAUAGCCAACACACCGUCGAGAACGAGCCCUACAGAACCAAACUCGCCGUCACUGCAGCCGAACGUAAAAACACCGGAAUCUAUAAAAUUACGGCCGAAAACCCGUCGGGAAAAGACGAGGCAGAGGUCAAAGUGACGGUACUUGACGUGCCGUCGCCUCCUGAGGGCCCCCUAGAGGUGAGUGAUAUUCACGCCGAGGGCUGUAAACUGAAAUGGAAAGAACCCAAAGACGACGGCGGAGUUCCCAUUGAAUCCUAUGUCGUCGAGAAACAGGACACCAAAACUGGACGUUGGGUUCCCGUCGGUUCGUCGACCAGACCUGAGAUCGCAGUCAAUAACUUAGAGCCCGGAAAGGAGUAUAAGUUUAGAGUGAAAGCGAUUAACGCUGAGGGAGAGUCACUCCCAUUGGAAACAUUGCAACCAAUUUUGGCGAAGAAUCCCUUCGAUCCUCCCGGAGCUCCGGGAACUCCCGAAAUGACAAACUAUGACAAGGAUUACGUCGAACUCAAAUGGGAGAAACCCAUGCGAGACGGCGGCGCCCCUAUCACUGGCUAUGUCAUCGAGAAGAAGGAGAAAGACGGCACCAAAUGGGUUAAAGCGGCCACAAUUGACGGCGACGUGGCGUCG